AUGGCAUCCUCAUACUUGCUUUGCUUCAGCACUAUUACCAUUUGGUUUAUUCUUUGCGCAAAACAUGUUUCUUCCCAGACUUGCUGGCGGGACACACCCUGCUCCGACAUCAUUACAGCGGCAUUCCCCGGUGAAUGGGAAGCAGAUAUCUUCGCGCCCGCAUCGCGCACCAUAAGUCCCGCGACUAUCUUCGACCUGAGCACCGGCGAAGAAGUCGGCUCAUGGCCAACCACUUUCACACUCGCCAGCAAUCAGUCAGAAGUAUACCUAGAUUUCGGCAAGGAAGUUGGCAGCAUCGUGACACUCCAGUAUGAAGUCUCAUCCGUCAACGGUGCCGGCGCCAUCGGCUUGGCCUUCACGGAGGCGAAGAACUGGGUUGGCUGGGACUCGGAUUUUAGUAAUGGCGACUAUAGCAGACCAGACGGUGCCAUCUAUGGCAAUUUCUCGUCGGCCGGGAACUAUACGUACGUUAUGCCGGACGAGAAUCUUCGAGGCGGGUUUUGUUAUAUGACCCUGUUCUUGGUGGGAGACGCUGCCUCCGCUACGAUCACCAAUGUCAACCUGGAGUUAUCCUUCCAGCCCACCUGGUCGAAUCUUCAGGCCUACCAAGGAUACUUUCACAGCAACGACGACUUGCUCAACCAGAUCUGGUACAGCGGGGCUUAUACGCUGCAAGUCGACGCUAUCCACCCAUUGACUGGAAGGGCUUGGCCUCUCCCUGACGAGGCGUGGCUCAAUACCGGGGAGCUCGGCCCAGGAGACACGAUCAACACCGAUGGAGCGAAACGAGACAGGACCGUUUGGCCUGGUGACAUGGCCGUGGCCAUCCCGGCCGCUUUCUACAGCACCGACGGUAUCGAGUAG